AUGAAAUCAGAUAACUAAUUAACAAGGCCAGGCUAACAAAUCAUUAGAUCGCUUCAGACAAACAAAAGAUGAAAUCACAGACAGCUUUCAUAUGCAUAUUCAUGCUCUCUCUCUUUGCUUUACAUCAGUGCAUGCAGAUGAAUGUUAGAGAAAUAGAGAGUUCGAGCAAGCUUUUUAUUCCAAAGUGUGUCCCUGACAUAUGUUACUACCCUUAUAAUAAAAGAGACUGUUGGUGCUGUAUGAAAGAUCGAAAGAUUUGUACGGUUAAGCAAGAAGAUUGCGAUUCCGAUCCUAAUUGUCCUCCUCUAAGUUUAAACUUUUUAGAAAACUGA